UGCAGUUCUCCUGGCCUCGCCUCUUGCGCCCGGCCUGCCCGCCUCCGGAGCCGCCUCUGCCCACGGAUGGGCUGGGGAAGUUGGGAGGAGCGAGCCGGAGCCCGCGCCGGGCGCGCCCCGCCGCUGCCUGACUCGGCGCCCGCAGUCCGGGCGCAGCGCGCCAGCCGCAGGAGCGCGGAUGCCCCCCGGAGCCGCGUGUUGGCAGGUGUUGGGGCCUGAGGCUGCCAGCAGACUAUGGGUACAACGGCCAGCACAGCCCAGCAGACGGUUUCGGCGGGUGCCCCCCUCGAGGGCCUCCAGGGCGGUGGCCCGAUGGACGGUCAGCACUCACCCAGUGUCCACUCCUUCCAGACCACAGGCUUGCACAACAGUAAAGCCAAGUCCAUCAUCCCCAACAAAGUGGCCCCCGUCGUGAUCACGUACAACUGCAGGGAGGAGUUCCAGAUCCACGACGAGCUACUCAAGGCCCAUUACACGCUGGGCCGGCUCUCAGAGGCCACCCCUGAGCACUACCUGGUGCAGGGUCGCUACUUCCUGGUGCGGGAUGUUGUUGAGAAGAUGGAUGUUCUGGGCACCGUGCAGAGCUGUGGGGCCCCCAACUUCCGGCAGGUGCGGGGUGGGCUCACCGUGUUCGGCAUGGGGCAACCCACCCUCUCCGGAUUCAGGCGGGUCCUCCAGAAACUCCAGGAGGAUGGACACAGGGAGUGCAUCAUCUUCUGCGUGCGGGAGGAGCCCGUGCUGUUCCUGCGUGCUGGUGAGGACUUCGUGCCCUACACACCUCGAGACAAGCAGAAUCUUCGUGAGAACCUGCAGGGCCUUGGACCUGGCAUCCAGGCAGAGAGCCUGGAGCUGGCCAUCCGGAAGGAGAUCCAUGACUUUGCCCAGCUGAGUGAGAACACGUACCACGUGUACCACAAUAUUGAGGAUCUGCUGGGGGAGCCCCAUGCUGUGGCCAUCCGGGGUGAGGACGAUGUGCACGUGACCGAGGAGGUGUUCAAGCGGCCUCUCUUCCUGCAGCCCACCUACAGGUACCACCGCCUGCCCCUGCCAGAGCAAGGGGCCCCCCUGGAAGCCCAGUUUGAUGCCUUUGUGAGCGUCCUUCGGGAGACCCCCAGCCUGCUGCCGCUCCGAGAUGCCCACGGGCCUCCCCCUGCUCUCCUCUUCAGCUGCCAGACAGGCGUGGGCAGGACCAACCUGGGAAUGACCCUGGGUACCCUCAUCCUGUUUCACCACAGCCGGGCUGCCUCGAGGCCGGAGGCUGUCCCCCUGCAGACCAAGCCACUGCCCAUGGAGCAGCUCCAGGUGAUCCAGAGCUUUCUCCACAUGGUGCCUCAGGGCAGGAAGAUGGUGGACGAGGUGGACAGAGCCAUCACCGCCUGUGCAGAGAUGCAUAACCUGAAGGAGGCCAUCUUGGAAAACCAGAGGAAGCUGGAAAGUGUCCGGCCGGCCGGCCCAGCCCAGGGAAGCAGCAGCCAGCAUGGUGUCCGGCAGAGGGCGCUGCAGAGCCUGGAGCGAUACUUCUACCUGGUCCUGUUUAACUACUAUCUCCAUGAGCAGUACCCGCUGGCCUUUGCCCUCAGUUUCAGCCGCUGGCUCUGUGCCCAUCCUGAGCUGUACCGCCUGCCUGUGACCCUGAGCUCAGCGGGGCCUGUCGUCCCUGGGGACCUCCUCACUAAGGGCUCUCUGGGGGCGGACGACCUCAUCUCCCCAGACGCACUCAGCACCGUCAGAGAGAUGGACGUGGCCAACUUCCGGCGGGUGCCCCGCAUGCCUAUCUAUGGCACAGCCCAGCCCAGCGCCAAGGCCCUGGGGAGUAUCCUGGCCUACCUGACUGAUGCCAAGCGGAAGCUGAAGCAUGUCGUGUGGGUCAACCUGAGGGAGGAGGCCGUGUUGGAGUGUGACGGGCACACCCACAGCCUGCGGUGGCCUGGGCCCCCCAUGGCCCCUGACCAGCUUGAGCACCUGGAGAUCCAGCUGAAGGCCCACCUGAGUACGCCUCUCCCAGGCACGGGGGGGCCACCGACCCACAGGUUCCAGACAUGCCUCACCACACGGGAGGUCUUCGCCCAGCACCGUGGGGCCUACCCCGGCCUGACUUACCACCGCAUCCCCAUGCCAGACUUCUGCGCCCCCUGCGAGGAGGAUUUCGACCGACUGCUCGAGGCCCUGCGGGCUGCCCUCGCCAAGGACGCGGGCACCGGCUUCGUGUUCAGCUGCCUCAGCGGCCAGGGCCGGACCACGACCGCCAUGGUGGUGGCUGUGCUCGCCUUCUGGCACAUCCAAGGCUUCCCCGAGGUGGGCGAGGAGGAGCUUGUGAGUGUGCCCGAUGCCAAGUUCACCAAGGGCGAGUUUGAGGUGGUGAUGAAGGUGGUGCAGCUGCUGCCCGCUGGGCACCAGGUGAAGAAGGAGGUAGAUGCAGCCCUGGACACAGUCAGUGAGACCAUGACGCCCAUGCACUACCACCUGCGGGAAAUCAUCAUCUGCACCUACCGCCAGGAGGUCUUUAUUUAUUACAGAUACCAGUCUCUUAUCAGGCCAAAGCGGCCAAAUCGGAGCCGGAGGCCCGGAGGCUGCAGCUUCGGAGCCUACAGUACCUGGAGCGCUACGUUUACCUGGUGCUCCUCAACGCCUACCUCCACCUGGAGAAGGCCGACUCCUGGCAGAGGCCCUUCAGCGCCUGGAUGCGGGAGGUGGCAUCAAAGGCCGGAGUCUAUGAGAUCCUCAAUCAGCUGGGCUUCCCCGAGCUGGAGAGCGUGCAGGACCAGCCCUUCUCCGGGCUGCGCUGCCGGUGGCAGGAGCGGAGCCACGGCCUUGAGCCCGCCGCUGCUGGAGACUUCCUGUAGGAGGUGCUCCCCCGCCCCUGUGUGCCCCCUCCCACAGGCGUGCUCCAGGUGCUCCUCACUGGGAGCCGUCCUGAGGAACCCAUUCCCCAGCUUCCCGCAGAGACUGGAGUGGGGUUGGGACCCUUUUUUAAGAAGAGGUUUUGAUAGGACAAUUAGUGCACAGGUAUACUUGUAAACCACAGGCGCACGGGCCCGGCGUGUGCCUUGCAGACCGAAGAUGGCUUCCAAGGAGCUCAGUCCCCAAGUAGCCACCAAACGAAGCCACGCUCCACUUGCACGCAUGCGCUUUCCUCUCCCGCUUCCGAGCGGUCCUCACAGCCUCAGGUGCAGAGUCCGGUUCCUUCUCUUGCUUUCUCUUGCUGCCUGCCCUCCUGCUCGGCUUCUCCCCUUUUGCUGCCCGAGCACUGCCCUGGGGCCCCUGGCUCCCCGGGGAGCGGACAGGGCUCUUGGUGGCCUCUCGUGCCCCUUCUCCUUCCUUCCCCUUGUCCGUCUCCUGGGGAUGGCAGGACUGUGAGGGUCCCCAAGGAGCUGGAAGGGAGGGGUCCUCUCGGGAGGAAAGAGCUUCUAGAAGGUGGAUGCGGCCCCGGGAAGAGGCCUGCUCCGUUUCCCGGGCGCCAGGGCGGGAAGGGCUGAGGAAGCCAAGCUCCCAGCAGUGGGUCCUUCUGUGCUUCUUCCCUGCCCUGGUGGCCUAGAUGGCUCCAGUCCCCAUCUGCUGCAGCAGGAGCCCCGAGGACUGCUGGGUGACCCUGAGGGAAUGGUGAAGAGGGCUAAGGAGGGUGUGAGGGCUCACCUGGGUUGCAGGCCAUCCGAGCUGAGGAUCCCCCCCCGACCCCCCCCGAGCUUCCCUCCAGAGGGAACAGAAGGGGCUGGUGAGCAGGAGGCUGUCCCGACAGUGGGAAGGCCGCUGGGAGGGGCGGGAGGGCGCGGCCCUGUGGAGUUGAGUCUGGCUCUUCCUUUGGGGACCGUUCUCCGCUGAAGCCCAGGGGCCGGGCGGCCUGAAGGCUGACUACGUGGCCCUCCCUGGUUGGGUGCGUGCGCUUCUGUGGAAAAACAGGCGGAUGUGUCUCUGUUCCCAUCUCCCUAGCAUUGGAAGGAAUUGGGCUGUCUUGGCUGAAAUCUGCGAAACUACUGUAUGUCCAUUCCCUCCCUUUUCAGAUCUGUCGGGUUUGUUGAUUUUUGCAUAUAUUAGAGAGUUUUGAUUUCUUUGCAGACAAGGUCUAGAGGAGGGGUCAGAGCUCAGGCUGAACCGAGAGGGAUCCUUUGUGUUUUCACGGUUGGCCCUGGCUUUCAGCUGUGCUGGGACCACUGGCCGGUCACUGCGCCUCUCUGCCUCAGUUUCCCCAUUUGUAAAAUGGGAGAAUAAUACUUGCCUACCUACCUCACAGGGGUGUUGUGAGGACUCAUUUGUGACUUUGUUUUUUGUACAGAGCUUUUGAGCAUUAAAAAAAAAAUGGCUAAAUGUGAAA